UGGCAGUAAUGCACCUUUAACCCUGGUUGCCAGCCGCCAUGACACAAGGAAGAAGCAGUAGUUAUUUAAGAUGCUGAGCGCCUGCUGAGUGACGGACUGCACUGACAGUAUGUAUCACAGUUAACAGUAACUAUAUCAAAGAAGGGAGAAUGCUGCCUUUAAUUGGAGCGGAGCUGACACCGCUGCAGCUGUACCGACACCUCCUCAGAUGCUGUAGGCAGUUACCCACAGUAGCCAUGCAGAACCAUUACCGACACUCCAUCAGACAGGGUUACAACAGUCACGCCGAUGAGGACGACCCAGAGAGGAUACAAAUAAUCGUCCAAAGAGCUGUCGCAGAUGCCGACUGGAUUCUUAAAAAAUAUUCCAAGAAGAAGUGAGGCUCAUAAACCAUGAAUAUGUCCUGGGGGGUUUCACAUCGUAGUGAUGGAGCACUGUUUCUGAGUUUUGCUGUACAGUAUGGAAUUAUAUUAAAAUUCUCCAUCUAUAAAGGUGUAAAUACUAUUUUUGGAGUGAAAUGACUAUAUAAUGUAUUUAUUUUUUUAAUAAAAUACAUUCUAAACUAC